UCGAAUCGUAUAUAAAGUGAGCAACGUCGGUGAGAAUCAUAAUUCGUUGAUCAACAACCAUGUCUCGUGCAACGUUCGCUCUCUUGCUCAUUGUAGCAAUUGCUUACACUAGUGCUUAUCCGCAACAGAAUGGCCCUUCGAAACAGUGUGGUCCUAACGAAGUAUUUAACGAAUGUGGAUCACCUUGCGUGGACACCUGUGAUAAGCCUGCCUCUUCAGUUUGUAGCUUGAGCUGCAAGAUUGGCUGCGAGUGUAAACCAGGAUUCGUGAGGAACAAGGAGAACAAGUGCGUCCUCACUCGCGACUGUUGAGUAAGAGGAACAGGAAAUCGACGACGGAACAAUGUAUGCAACAGCAAUAUACGGCAGACCUCUUUCUAUACGAUCUGGUAUAACUUCAAUUUUUAUUUAGCGAUUCCAGCUAAAUGACCGUAAUCAAUCAUAUCGCUUACUACUGUUAAUCCUAAUUGUUAUACAACUAUUUAUAUAAACGUUUAUGUAAUAUAAA